AUGGAGCUCGUCUCUUCACCUGUAGCUAAGCGCAUCGAUUGUGCUUUGACACUUGGGAAUAUUCACAUGCAAUAUGAACGUUGGGCAGACGUAAGCCGAGUUACAGAAUACGCCAUUAAUCUCCUUCCUCGACUCAGCUCUCGCUCUUUAGUACAAAAGGAUCAGCAGCAAUCAUUGAUAUUAUAUGCCGGUCUAGCUUCUAAAGCUACUGCUGCUGCGCUUCAGGCCAACAAAUCAGCGGCGGAUGCCUUGAAACUGCUAGAACUUGGCCGUGGUAUCAUUACCAACCAUCGGUUUGAAACCAGGAGUGACAUUAGCGAGUUAGAGCGAGAACACCCAAAGCUGGCACAGGAAUACCAUCGCCUCUGCAGCGAGCUUGAUUCGCCCAAAAGCACUCUUGGAGAACAUUCAGAAUCAACCACUGCGUCAGUCUUCUCUAGACGCCAAGCAGCAGAAGUGAAGCUGGACAAAGUUUUGGAAGAAAUACGACAGGAACCAAACUUUAAAAACUUUUUACUUACACUCGACCCAAGCAGGCUCUUGGCUACCGAGCCUUUAGGUACAAUUGUGGUUAUCAAUGUUGCGUUUCGAUGUGAUGCAUUCCUUGUUCAGAAGGACCACACUGUGUCACUGCCGCUACCCAAUUUACAUCAAUCAGAAGUCCAUGAGAGGUCCAAACUACUAAAGUCUGGAAAAUUACCCAUGGAGGACAUGUUAGACAUGUUGAAAUGGCUUUGGGAUGUUGUUGCAGGCCCCGUGUUGGAACAUCUAAGGAUUACCAGAGCACCAGAGAACAACAAUUGGCCACACAUCUGGUGGAUCCCCACCGGUUCGUUUAGCAACCUACCAAUUCAUGCCGCUGGACACCAUCUCGAUAACUCUGGCCGGUCUGUUCUUGACCGAGUUAUAUCGUCAUAUAGCCCGUCAAUCCGGUCGCUAGUAUUCGCUUUUCAAAACAAAUCUCUCAGGCGUCAAGUAUCUUCUCCAGAAAAGGUCGUUUUCGCUUCCAUGGAUAAUACUCCAGGGAUGAAUAAGCUUCCAUACGUUACAAUGGAGAUCGAUCAACUUCAAGAAUUAUUGCCCAAAUCAAUUCCCUGCAUUCGUCUAAACACUCCCAAAAGAACGGAGGUGCUAAAUGAGCUCAUCGGCUGCAAUAUUCUUCACUUUGCUGGUCACGGCAUUUCUGAUCCUUCUGAUCCAUCAAAGAGUUGUUUGGCCGUGGCUGAUGAGCCGCUGACGGUUGAGGACUUGAUCGACCAAAAACUACACCAAAAUCCACCUCUUCUCGCCUAUCUUUCCGCUUGUUCAACUGGAAAUAGUAACGUUGAUAGUUUGAUCGAUGAAAGUAUUCACCUCAUGGGGGCUUGUCAGUUGGCCGGGUUUCAAAAUGUUAUUGGUUCUCUAUGGGAAGUGUCCGAUAUCCAUUGCGUUGAGGUCGCCAAAAGCGUGUACAUCACGAUAUUGGACGGCAGGAUGAGCUCCAAGUCCGUUUCUCUGGGAUUACAUAACGCUAUAAGAGCUCUGCGUGGAGGAUCGACCCGGAUUGAACAGGUCGGAGAGGUUCGAAAGGCAAGGCUGGUAGGGGUGACGAAGGGAAAAGUCCUCCAAUUGAAGGACCCACGUUACUGGGCUGCCUAUAUUCACAUGGGGAUCUAA